AGAUCCUAUGCGUAUCACCUACAUUCAGGAUUAUGAAAAAGAUGCAAACUUAUUUUUCGCAGGAUUCGAGUUGAAUAUAACACUCAAGCAAUUGGAGGAAUUCUUCAUCAAAUGGGGACAAGUCGUCAGUGUCAAAUUAUCAGUCGAUGAAAACAAGAAGAGCAGAGGUAAUUGAAAAUUCUAAAGCAUUCAGGUUAUGGUUGGGUUCAAUAUGAAAAGAAAGACUAAGCAGAUGCAUUGUUGACUGAAAGUUAAUAAAAUGAAGGAAAAGUGUAAUAUAAUGAAAAGACCUAAAUUGUUGUGAAACGAUUUGUUAGAAAAGGUCAAACAGAACGUGAAGACAAGAGAUGUAACUUAUACAUCAAGAAUUUCUGGACUUCAUUGGAUGCUGUUGAUUUAACGAACAAUUAAGUUCGAGAAUAAUUGGUAUCAAUAAUCAAUUAUUUCAUGAAAGGAAACAGAAAUGCGUGCCAAAUUGAAUGAAUGGUUCAUCACUUACGGUCCAAUAAUAAGCAUCUUAGUCAAAAUUGAUCCUGAACGCAAAGCUCCAUUUGCAUUUGUCAGUUUCAGCAGACAUCAAGAUGCCAAAGAAGCAUAAAGAACAUUAGGCACUACCAUAGGAGCUAAUCCAUCGAAGGAUCCAUUGAAUACUGGGAGAAAGAUGUACGUCGGAUGGGCAUAAACAAAAACAGAUAGAAAACAGCAAAGAGAUAAUAAUAUCUAUUAAAAAUAUGUUUACGCUGAUCAUCUGAAUAGAAAUGUUACGGAAGACAUGAUUAGAUAAACAUUGAAAGAUGCUGGUUAUGGGGAUAUUUGCAUGGUAUUAUUGAUAUGCUAUUCUAUAAUAGAUUAGAUUGGAAAAGAUGCAAUAAGGAUUUCAAUAAAUCAUCAGAAUCGGAUAUAUUGUAUUUGAAUAAGCUUAAGAUGCAAAUAAGUUGAUCAAAUCAUUCAAGGAGAAUGAAAAGUUCGAUGAAAUCAAAAAUCUUUUUGAUCCAAACGUUGAGUAGGCUGGUGGAAAAUACUUCCAACAUCUGUUCCCUCAACAUUCCCAAUCAAAAGGAUAGAGAAGACCUAAUUAGAGGCAGUCUCCAACCAGAAGAAUGUACUAAAUGCCUCCAGGACCAGCCUAAUUUGGUCCUAGAAUGCCCUUCCCAUUCCCCAUGUAACAAUAGAGAGUUCCAGGUGGUGGAAUGAGAAGACCAUAUCAAUAGUAAUUCCCCAAUCCCAUAAGACAAACUCCAUUGCCUCCUCCAGUUCAAUAGGUCACUGACUUGAGUUCACUUCAAGCUGUUGCCUUCGAUAAACGAUAAGAUUUAGUCGAUUUAUUGGGCAACUUGGAAAAUUUCAAGGCCAAACCUGAAGAAGAGCAAGUCAAAUAAUUAUAGUAAUCUUUGGCAUUAAUUAUUUCUAGAAUGAUGUUGUAUUAUAGAAUCAAAACAAAAUUAAACAAAGACACAGAAUCUCAUUGGAAGAAAGUAAGUGAAGUGCUUUCAGAUCCUUCCAAUUACACAGUUGAUGAAAUCCUCGAUAUGAUCAAGAAUGAAGAUCAAUUUAAUGAGUUAGUCGACGAUGCUGUUGCCUAAUUGAAGGAGGAAGCACAUUGGUGAUAAAUUUAUUGUUUGUUCAAAUAUAAA